GAGCAAACACCGAGAUCAUCACCUUCCUCCAGCCCAGUCCCCAGCCUCAGUUUGCAGCUAUCCCUGGCAGGGAGGUAGUCUUUUAUCCCCACACCAAGCUUCAAGAUAUCAAAGGCUGAAGAGCCCAGAGCCAUGCAAGGUCUUGGGAUCCUGCUCUUGCUGCUAACCACCUGCCUGGCCUCCAGGGCUGGUCCUGUGCCAACACUGCCAGACGUCCAACCUCAGGAGAACUUUGAUGUGUCCCGGAUCUAUGGGAAAUGGUUCAACCUGGCCGUGGGCUCCACCUGCCCAUGGCUGAGACGGAUCAAAGACAAGAUGAGCGUGAGCACAUUGGUGCUGCGAGAGGGGGCCACAGAGGCAGAGAUCGGCAUGACCAGCACCCGCUGGCGGAAAGGCGUCUGUGAGGAGACCUCGGGGGUUUAUGAGAAGACAGACAUCGCUGGAAAGUUCCUCCACCACAAAUCCAAAUGGAAUGUAACCUUGGAAUCCUAUGUUGUCCAUACCAACUAUGAUGAAUAUGCCAUUUUCUUCACCAAAAAGUUCAGCCGCCACCAUGGACCAACCAUUACUGCCAAGCUCUAUGCCCGGGAACGGCACCUGAGGGACAGCCUUCUGCAGGACUUCAAGGACAUGGCCCUGGGUGUGGGCAUUGGUGAGGACUCCAUCUUUAUCAUGGCUGACAGAGGGGAAUGUGUCCCUGGGGAACAGGAGUCAGACCCCACUUCACUUCCGAGAGUCCGGAGAGCGGUGCUGCCCCAAGAAAGUGAAGGAUCAGGGGCUGGGCCAGUGGUAACCGACUUUACCAAGAAAGAAGAUUCCUGUCAGUUGAAAUACUCUGAAGGCCCCUGCCUAGGGAUGGUAGAGAGAUACUUCUACAAUGGUGCAUCCAUGGCCUGUGAGACUUUCCAGUAUGGGGGCUGCCUGGGGAAUGGCAACAAUUUCAUCUCUGAAAAGGAGUGUCUCCAGACAUGCCGAACAGUGGCGGCCUGCAAUCUCCCUAUAGUCCAAGGCCCCUGCCGAGGCAACAUGAAGCUCUGGGCUUUCGAUGCUGUAAAGGGGAAAUGUGUUGAAUUCAUCUAUGGGGGUUGCCAAGGCAACGGGAAUAAGUUCUACUCUGAGAAGGAAUGCAAGGAGUACUGUGGAGUCCCUGGUGAUGGGGAUGAGGAACUGCUGCGCUUGUCCAACUGAAGGCUCUGGUCUGCAAGCCAGAGAGUGGCCACUGUUCACGUCCUAGUGCAGGCUGGCUCAGGUGACCUAGAACCAAAUAAAACCAAACUGUCAACUCCUGGCA